AUGUUACCGUUGUACCUUUUAACUAAUGCUAAAGGUCAAAGAAUGCUAAUAGAGUUGAAAAAUGGUGAAACCAUCGAAGGCCAACUAACAAACGUAGACAACUGGAUGAACUUGACCUUAGCCAACGUUACACAUACUUCGCCCAACGAGAUCUUACAGCUUCCUGAAAUAUAUCUUAGAGGCAAUUUCAUCAAAUACAUCAAGCUUCAGGAUGAUAUCAUCGAAAAGGUGAAGCAAUCCAACGUUCAACAACAAUCUCAAGGUCACCAUCAAAACAGAGAUUUUAGGCGCAGACAAGGUGGAAGAAGAGACAAUGAUAGAAGGUUUAAUCAAGGCGGUGGACAAAGAAGACAUGAAGGAAGAGGUAACUAUAACAAUGGCGGAAACCGCCGCUCUUAUGGAAACAGACAGGCUGAGGGCAAUACUGCCAUGGGGGGAUUUGUACAACACCAUCAAACUACGUCACAGCAACCCACACCGCUGGGUCAAGUUCAGUAUUGA